UCUCUCUUUCACUCUCAUAUGCAUUUUUUUCCAAGUAAAAACAACCAUACCUACAAUAUAUACCGUUCAAAAGCAAGACCCCCUCGGAAUCUGAAAUUAUAAACCUUAAUUUCACUCACCAUCUUCAACUUCUGUCAAAGAUUGUAUCUUUAUCUCCUUCCUUGCUUUCCCAUAGCCAUGGAAGCUCUCAAUUUCACCAAGUUUUGGAAACCAAGCAAUGGCGGCUACAGAGAAAAUCGAGCUCAACCUUGUCGUGGUAACAACAGCACUACAAUCGAGAUUCCAAAGGCUGUGAUUGGUUCAGAUCACGAGUUGGAUGAAGGGGAUAACUAUUUAUUUGAUUUGGAGCUUCCUUUGCACCGCGUUAAUGGCGAGAAAAGAUUUGAGUCCAAGGAUGACCAAACUCGUUCUUUGUCUCCCGGUGAUAACUUCUCCAAGAGAAAGAUAAUCCCCAUCGAGCCAAGCUCCAAGCCACAAUCUCCGAUGGCUUCGUUAAAGUCAACUCCGAAAUUUCGAGUCUUUACUAUGAGGAAGUCCAAGUCGGUGGCAAAUCCCAGUUCCACAUUCAUGUCCGGCAAAGCUGGGUUCAUCGGCCUUCCUACGGAACCCCCAAAGCUUGAAAACAGUCACCGGAAAUCCCAAAGGAAGACAGAGGAAUCGUUAUCAGAUGAUUCCUCAAAGAGAUUGUUAAAGGGUCUGAUGCAGAAAUACUUGAAUAAAUUCAAGCCGUUGUACGUAAAAGCCUCCAGAAAGAACAGUUUAAGUGACGAGGUAAAAGUUUCGGGUGACUUGCCGGUGUCAUCUCCGGUGAGUUCUCCGGCACCAGUAUUUUCAGCGAAGGAGAAACAAACAAGGUUUUGCAAGCAAUUCGGAAAGAGCAGAUCAACCUCUGCUGCAUCAUCAUCGACCAUUAGUAGAAAAGAUGAUUCGCUGCUGCUGCAACACGAUGGGAUCCAAAGCGCAAUUUUGCAUUGCAAGAAAUCUUUGAAUUCAUCAAGAGAAGCUUCAAGGUUGUCGAGAUGUACAAGUGAUUCUUCACAGGAGAAGUUAAGCAACGCAUCCUCAACGGGUGUUGAUUUACUAGAAAAUCCAGCAAAAUGUUGAUUCUGCAAGAAUAUCCAGCAAAGGGGAAAAAAGGAAUUUAGAGAGGCUAGGAUUGUUGUUUGAUUGUUAGUCAUGAUGAGCAGUAGUAGAGUAGGUUCACUUAUAAAGGUGAUGGGCAAUUAUGAAGAAAUUGAAAGUAACCCUAUAUUUGGGUGUGUUUUGAUCUUGUAU